AUGGCCGCUGCCUUUGACGACGAGGACCUCUCCGUAUCCCUUCCUGCUUUUGACUCCGAUCGUCAACGUGAACGUUCUACCGGGACCGGUCCUCCCCCUAGCGCCGCGAAUCAUCCUGCCAUGGCGAUGCCUCCGCCCUCGCGCCCGGGCGGAAAAGGCGCUGACCCCUCCAUGCAGUCUCCGGCCACCAUGAGGGAUAUGCAGCGUCUGGAUCAGUACCAGACCAUCAAGAUCCUGGGUGAGGGCUCGUUUGGGAAGGUAAAGCUGGCGAUUCAUCAACCCAGCGGUCGGCAGGUUGCUCUCAAGAUCAUCUCCCGGCGCAAGUUGCUCUCCAGGGACAUGGUUGGUCGUGUGGAGCGGGAGAUUCAGUAUCUGCAAUUGCUGCGUCAUCCUCAUAUUAUCAAAUUGUAUACCGUCAUUGCUACCAAAACGGAUAUCAUCAUGGUCCUGGAAUACGCCGAACGAGAGCUGUUCGAUUACCUGGUCAAAAGAGGUCGAUGCAAUGACGCCGAGGCCCGCAAGUUCUUCCAACAGAUCAUCUGCGCCGUCGAGUACUGCCAUCGCCACAAGAUUGUGCAUCGGGAUUUGAAGCCGGAGAAUCUGCUCAUCGACAAGGACAAGAACGUGAAGAUCGCCGAUUUCGGUCUGAGUAAUAUCAUGACAGACGGGAAUUUCCUCAAGACGAGUUGCGGGAGCCCCAACUAUGCUGCUCCCGAGGUCAUCUCCGGCAAGCUCUAUGCCGGCCCCGAAGUCGACGUGUGGAGUUGCGGUGUGAUUCUCUACGUCCUCUUGGUCGGACGGCUUCCCUUCGACGACGACUAUAUUCCCGCCCUUUUCAAGAAGAUUGCCGCGGGCAACUUCCAUAUGCCUCCCUAUAUCUCGUCUGGAGCCGCGCGGUUGAUCCGAUCGAUGCUCCAGGUGCACCCCGUCCACCGCAUCACCAUCCCCGAAAUCCGUCAGGAUCCCUGGUUCUUGCAGGAUCUCCCCAAAUAUCUUCAGCCGCCCCCGGAAGAAUACAUCGGGACCGGUGUGGACCCCAACAAAGCGAUUGAUCCAAAAAAACUCGCGCCGGGGAAGCCUCUCUCCGUACAGCACAAGAUCCAUCAAAUCGGCAUCUCCAAAUUGGAACGCAGUAUGGGAUAUGCGCGCGAAGACAUCGAAGACGCACUCAGGAGUUCAGAGCCCAGCGCAAUCAAGGAUGCCUUCUUUAUCAUCGUGGAGAAUGAGAUGAUGCAGACCAACUCCCCCUCGGAUGAUACCUUGAUGAGUGCUCCCAUCGCUCCCUCUCCGCCGCCGAAUCGAACCCCUCUUCCUUCACCUGCAGUUGGCCGGCCCACUGCGCCCCGCCCUCAAGAGAAUCCCCCUCAUGAUAUCCUCCGCCAGCCUUCCCAGACCCCCUCGCAAGUCGAUUCGGACGAUUACGAGUCCACCCGCAUCAGUCAUGUGCGGAUCCUGCCGACCAGCUUACCCUAUGUUCAUGAUCAACUGAUGGAACAACGGGAGCGGGAACGGGAGCAACGCGCGCGCGAUGCGCAUCGACUACGUGAAGAACGUGCGCAGGCCAAUCUUGAUGACGAUCUCCACGGUGCCCGCUCCCCCGCGGAGCUGGAAGCCGGCGCGAGAGCGCUGAAGCCACAUUCUCGUAGUAUUGUCGACCUGAACGCGCUGCGCCUGGACCCCCCUGAGAUUCGUAGCGCGCCCCAUCAACCGAAGAGGACCCGCAAAUGGCAGUUCGGGAUCCGGUCGCGGAAUCAACCCUACGAGGCCAUGCUCUAUCUGUACAAAGCCAUUGCGGCACAAGGUGGAGUUUGGGAGAUCGAGCCUUCCGAAACAGAAGGUACGCCAAUUGGAGCUUCCCCGCCCACUGGAGAAAGACCACUGCAGAGCAAGUAUCCCGACCUGCCAGCGGACUACUACAUCCCCAAGGAUUCCUGGUUCAUUCGCGCCCGUCUUCUCAAGCAAGGGAUCAAAGCCCCCGGACGAUCUGCUAGCGUACAGAGCAGCAAGAGUGACCUGGAAGACCUCCGCCGUCGCUUCAACAUCUCGAACCUGUCUCGCUCCGCCGAGGAGAAGAAUCCUUUCAAUCCGGACAGCGGCACCAGCUCUGGCCCCUCUUCCGCAAACCAGGCGUAUCUGCACGGACGGAUUUCGCACGGUGUCUGGGUGUUUGUCGACAUCCAGCUGUAUCAACUAGAGCAGAGCAACUACAUGGUCGACUUCAAGUGCGACGGAUACCAAAAUGUGAUCCGCGGCGAGGGCGACACGGAAUGGCACCCGAUCAGCAAGCGAUACCGCAACAAGGAGAAGGAGGUCACGAGUCCGUACCCCUUCCUGGAUGUCGCGUCGGAUCUGGUGGCCCAGUUGGCCGUGGCCAGCUAG